CGAAUGCAAAGCACCGAAUCUCCGCGUCCGUGAAUCUCCCAAUGUGUCCCCUCCUCUAUAAAUAUACAACGCCUUCUUUUCUUAUCGUUCUUAUCUGGGCAAUGUCACGGACAAAGAAGAUAGGUAGAUAGACGUCGAUAGAUAUAUAUAGAUUACAGACACAUAUAUACACACACAGAGAGAGACAGAGACAGAGAGAGAGAGAGAGAAAGGGAUAAUCUUUUCGAGAGAGAGUGAAGGACCAAAAUAUGGACCUGAGCUUGGAUUUGAGUUUGGUUUAUGUCCCUAAAACCAUGUCUGAAUUUAUGAGAGACAUAUCGAAGACGAAGAAUAUUUCUGCUAAAGUCUCAAAAAUCGAUGAUUUCGUUAAGAGAUUGGAGGAUGAGAGAAGAAAAAUCGAUGCUUUUAGGCGCGAACUCCCUCUAUGCAUGCUCCUUUUAACCGAUGUGAUUGCGAGGUUAGAAGAGGAGAAAGUGCAGUAUGCGGAGUUAAAUGAUCGAUCUGCGGUUGAAGAAAUCCUGCCAUUGAAGAGAAUUUCGGAAGAAGAUGGAGCGGCAAAUAGAGAAAGAGAUGGGUGCGAUAAGAAGAACUGGAUGAGCUCUGUUCAGCUCUGGAGCAACAAUGUCAACCCGGAUCCGGAGCAACACUCAAUCUCACGACUGAAAUCGACAAGUGAAGACGAUGGGUCCUUUGCGGAGGAGCACCCAGUUCAACCCAGCAACCACAGUAGCAGAGGAGGCGCAAUUGGGCCAUUUAAGGGAAAAUCUGGAUUUCAAGAGAAAGGGGUUCCUUCUCUUUCUCUCAUGACUCCUAUCUCUGAAUUGAGUUCUUGCACUACAGUUUCUGCGAGUAUUAUGAGUUGCAGAGUUGGUUUUGGUUCAUCUUUGUGCGCCGACCAAAAUCCAGUUGAGUUGCAAAGCAAACCGCAACACCAACAACAACAAAAUUCCAGGAAGCAGAGGCGGUGCUGGUCACCGGAGCUUCAUCGGCGGUUUGUGGAGGCGCUUCAAAAGCUGGGAGGAUCAAAAGUGGCCACUCCUAAGCAAAUUAGAGAACUGAUGCAAGUAGAUGGGCUCACCAAUGAUGAAGUGAAGAGCCAUUUGCAGAAAUACAGGCUUCAUAUCCGAAAAGUUCCAGCUUCUUCGUCUGCUGCAGCGACCAGCCAUUGGUCAGCCGGAAACCAUUCUGGAGACAGCUCAAAACCAAGCAUUUCACCAUCUGGUUCUCCACAAGGUCCUCUCCUUUCACAUGGAGCUGAUAGUAAUGGAGCUGAUAGUAUGGAGACCGAAGAGGAUGAGAAAUCAGAUGGCCGUAGUUGGAGAGGGAGGAUUCACAGGCCAGAAGAGAUCCAUGUAUAUAACUGAUCUCCAUGAUUUUUUCUGAUACAAACAUAGUCAUGGGGGAUUCCAAUUGUAGGCAUACAAACACAAAUACUUGAUAAAAAAGAGGGAUUUUAUAUCAGGAGAUUCGUAUCAAGGCCAGUACUUAGAGAUUAUGAGAUUUUGCAGGUGUCAUGGACAAAUAGUUCUCUGUUAGUGACUUGAGUUUCUUUGCUAUGGUUAGAUAGUUGAUUUUGUGACAAAGUAGGAGGUUGUCCUAAAAUUGUUUUGUUCUAACACCUGAAUAUAAGGUUUCAUUUUUUUGGUUUUUGUUUGUGAAACAAAACUGCGGAUUACACCAGAUUCAUAUGUUGUCUGCGUCUGUAAUUCGAUUGAGGUUUUUGGCUUUUCAGCAUCAAUGAAUGAUAGAUAUUUACAGCUUCAAACGAUUGCU